GCUGGGUGUACUUUAUCAAGCACCAACAUGACUUUGCUGAGCGGUAUCAUCAUUCAGAUACUGUGGGCUUUCUAUGCUAAGGGACAAGAUGUGUUAGGAAGGUGUGGCCCCCCAUCUUCUAUUCAAAAUGGAGACAUCAUUUCUGACCUAUUGCCAGUAUAUACAGAAGGCUCUUCAGUGGAAUACAAAAUGUCGAAGUUUUCAUAGAAUGACGGGAUCCAAAAUAAUCACAUGUCACUUAGGAAAAUGGACAGCCCCAUCAGUAUGCUCAGAGUCUGCUGGAAAGUGUGGGCACCCACCUGCUAUUGAUAAUGGAGACGUACUGGUCUUCCUACAGAAAGAAUAUGACUCAGGUUCAAGAGUGGAAUACAAGUGCCAAAGUUUUUAUAGAAUGAAGGGAUCUGCCUUCGUUAGCUGUGAGUCUGGCCAAUGGACCGACCCACCGGUUUGCUUAGAGCCAUGUACAACAACCCCAGAAGAUAUGGAGAAAAACAAUAUUGGGCUGAAAUGGAGCUCGAAAACAAAAUUGUACAUAGAAAGUGGAAACUUCGUUGAAUUUGACUGUAAAAAUGGAUAUGUGAAAGAUCCAACAUCUUCUGCAUUUAGAGUACAGUGUGUGGAGGGGAAAAUGGCAUAUCCUAAAUGUAAGAAAAGAGAGUUAUGUAUAACAUUCCCAGAAGAUAUGGAGAAAAACAAUAUUGGGCUGAAAUGGAGCUCAAGAACAAGACUGAAUUUACAAAGUGGAGACUUUGUUGAAUUUGACUGUAAAAAUGGAUAUGUGAGAGAUCCAACAUCUUCUGCCUUUAGAGUACAGUGUGUGGAGGGGAAAUUGGCAUAUCCUAAGUGUAAGAAAAGAGAGCUAUGUACAACAUCCCCAGAAGAUAUGGAGAAAAACAAUAUUGGGCUGAAAUGGAGCUCGAAAACAAGUCUGAAUUUAGAAAGUGGAAACUUUGUUGAAUUUGACUGUAAACGGGGAUAUGAUAGGGAUCCAACAUCUUCUGCCUUUAGAGUACAGUGUGUGGAGGGGAAAUUGGCAUAUCCUAAAUGUAAGAGAAGAGGUACUUCAGAAUGAAUAAAAAGAAGCAUCGAGCAAAUAAUUUUAACCCAGAUCUGAGGAGCAGAAACCAUUAACCAGUUUUUGUAAUGUUCACACAUUAUGCCCUAUCAGUAUUUUAACCUAGAUUGUCUGAACUGAUACAUGUAAUUACUACUUUUGUCACAAUGUAUAUUAAACUAAUCAUAAAAUAGUAACAACAGAUGGGUGAAAAGUUCCAAACUUCAGCUUUUUUAUGAAAAUUGGAAAAGGAAGCUGUAAGGGAAAUUGUACACUUGGCUGCACGUCCUGAAUUACACACUCCCUGCUUGUUGAAACAGAAAGCAGUAGUAUUCCUGAUUUGGGCCAGAAAGAAACUUCAAGAAUUCUCACAGGGAACCUUAAUCUUGGGAGGCUUGUAGCCCAAUUGCUACAUCUGGAGAUUUAUUUAUGGAUUGAGACCAUUUUGAGUUCCGCCCAUCCCUAUGAGCAGUUGGUCAUCGUUCUUUCAAAUGUUUUGGUCCAUGCAACCAAAAUAUUAUCCAGACCUCUAACACAGGUGUAUAGAAAAUAUUCACUUCUCUGAUGAAAAUUUAAACUUGUCUUAUUUUUUCUUUUUUUAAAAUUAAAGAGUUGUAUAUUUCAUUUAGCAAUUUAAAAAAAAAUCUGUUGUUUGAGCGUGUUUUUUAUUAACAACUCAACCUGAAGAAAAGAAAGAAAGAGAAUUUUAGGAGUUGUUGAAAAGCGGAGACAAAGAUGAAAGCCUGCAGCUCACUGAACAGCAACAUGAUGCAUGCAGUGGGUAGUGUGUGAACAAAUUGAAUAUUUUUACCUUCUAUCAUAUGCAACAAACUAGAAAUUAGAUGAGUGGUGUGACAGAGAUGAACUUAUCAGAAUCCACAUUUGUGAGAAUGACAAAUUAAUAAAGAGAAAGUGAACAUUGA